GCUGUUUCGUGACGAGGCUCAAGUAGUUCGACCACCCGCCUCAACGCUUCCCCUGCGGCAGAUGUGAGCUGCGUUUCUGCGAUAUCUCCUGUUUAUAGGACGUGUGCAACAUCCUUCUGACCUCGCAGCACGGUCGUGGGAGUCUUGCUGAGCUCUCUCGCCCCACAUCAUGCCAUACCCGCAGUGACUGGCGCGGUCACCGACGUGGAAGCGAGACACGAACGAGAGUAGUAUACAACUACUACGCGCAUCCUGAUGAACCGAAGCAACACCGCUACCCUGCGCCAUGUUGAGCUCAUUCGUUCAGAAGCUGAUUGACCAGUCGCCCCUGUCCUCUAACAAUGAUCACCGGCCCUCCAAAGCGGCUCUCUUCCGCGAUCAGUUCAGACUUCCUGCCGGUCAGCAUCCCCUGCACGAGAUCACCGCCGAACUCUUCCUCCCUCUGCCACCGUCCUCAACCCGCGGCCCAGUCACGUCCGGGGAGAAGUCACGAGAGAAUGGCAACAGGUAUCUGGGGGAACUGCACUUGAGUGAACACUUUCUGUGUUUCUCGACCUUACGCACCAGUUUCCUACCGACCGCCAGUCACAAUGCCUCUACUGCCUUUACGGGCCCAACUCAAGGCGCCGGACCCGGCGGGAAUGGCUUUACCCUGCCGCUGUGCGCCAUCCGACGCGUCGAAAGACUAAAUAGCCACCAGGACAACUUCUCCCUCGCGCUGACCACCUUCGAGUCGGUGCACAAGCCGCUGACGGAGAAAACCAAGGCAUCCCUGCCUCCAGCCCGGAAACUGAUCCUUACCUUGGACGGAAGCCGCGCUGCCUGUGAGCGGUUCUGCGAUGGCUUGAAGAAAGGGCUCCGAGAGGGCAUGAAAGAAGUCGACAGCCUGCGUACAGUGGUGUCUCAGUGUUAUUCCGAGUAUCUGCUCGACCCGGUGCGAAUGAAGGCCAAGGAAGAGGGCACCCCGCCCCCGGAUCCGCCUGACACUGGAUUGGGUAUGCUCUUCAGAUAUCCGGGGGAUGCGCGAAAACUUCGUGAUAGGAGCAAAAUCAGGCUAUGGGGCGAGUACAUGCGUGAGAAUGGCCGGAAUGCGACCAUUGUCCGACAACCCACCUUCCACAAGUUGAUCCGUGUCGGUCUUCCCAACAGGCUGAGAGGCGAGAUCUGGGAGAUAUGUUCGGGCUCAUUCUACACGCGACUGAGGAAUCCAAACCUUUACGAGAAGACAUUGGCCAAGUUCACCGGACAAGAGUCGUUGGCUAUUGAUGAGAUCGAGAAGGACUUGAAUCGAAGUCUCCCCGAGUACCCCGGGUUUCAGAGCGAAGAAGGCAUUGGUCGAUUGCGACGAGUGCUCACAGCGUACAGCUGGACCAAUGAAGAAGUCGGCUAUUGUCAGGCCAUGAAUAUUGUGGUCGCCGCGUUGCUCAUCUACAUGUCUGAAGCGCAAGCAUUUUUCAUCUUGGGCGCCCUAUGCGAUCGUCUGCUUCCAGGUUAUUACUCAAAAGACAUGUAUGGUACGCUUCUCGACCAACGCGUCUUCGAAAACCUGGUGGAACGGACAAUGCCCGUCCUCUGGGAGCAUCUGGUCAAGUCGGAUGUCAACCUCUCAGUGGUCUCGCUGCCUUGGUUUCUUUCACUGUAUAUAAACUCCAUGCCGCUUGUUUUUGCCUUCCGGGUCCUGGACGUCUUUUUCCUGGAAGGACCCAAGGUUUUGUUUCAGGUUGGCUUGGCCAUCCUCCGUAUUAACGGAGAGGAGCUGCUCGACGUCAAUGACGACGGCUCGUUUAUCUCCAUUCUCAAGAACUAUUUCUCCCGCCUCGACGAGUCUGCUCAUCCGCGUUCAGAGAAUGAAAAGCUGAGGGCCAUUACCAGGUUUCAAGAGCUAAUGGUAACGGCUUUCAAAGAAUUUGCUGGCAUCACUCACGCGAGUAUCGAAGAGCUCAGAGCAAAGCACAUUGAUAAUGUCAAGGAUGGUCUUGCCACCUUCGCCAAACGUACCUCGAUUCGAAAUUUAGGACCGGAAAGCAAGAAGUUGAGUGCCGAAGACCUUAGUGCUAUUUACGACCGCUUUUUCGGCGUCCUGUCAGAGCGGCAGAAGCGGGCGAAACUCCGUGAGGAAGAAAGACGGAGGCAGGAGCAGCAAAAGGUGCGCCCAGGGCUGUGGUCACACCACUCCGAUCGCAAUCAUGACGAACCUGCUCGCAAUGAAGCACCUCUACAGACCAUGGACUAUGAUGCAUUCCGUGAGUUCCUGGCUAACACGGCCAAAUGGGCCAUUACGGAUUCUCCCACCUCGCCGUCGCAGGAAAUGACGAAUCCUGCCAUGAGCCAGAGGAAACGCGGGCAGACCGUGUCACAAUGGGGUUCCGGACCACAACCAGCCGACCACGAUUUCAUGCAACGGUUAUAUGGAAAAUGGGAUGAAUCACACCAAGGCGAGAUGACCUUGCAACAGCUCGUUCGGGGCCUGGCCCGGAUCAAAGGGACCACGGACAUUAUGAAUUCCAUGAGUCUGUUCUUUGAACUCUUCGAUGAUGACAACACCGGCAGAGUGGACCGGGAAGGCAUUCUUAGGAUGUCGGAGUCGUUGUUAUUUCUUUCGCGGCGAGGCUUUGAUGGCGCAAUCACUCCGUCCGACUUUGGCAACGGACUGGCGUCUCCAGUAUCCGCCACUGACUCAAAGGAGGGUCUCAAAAUGAGUACCAACGAGAGGUUUCUGGGUAGUGUGAGCGCUUUCAUCAAGAGGUGUUUUGAAUACGCCGACCCGGACGAGGCUGUUGAUCAAGCCAACACAAAGCUCGAGGCAACAUCCAUCACCGAGCCCGAUAGACAGGAAAAAGAGCAGCGUCAAGAAGAAGAUUUACUAGAACUUACAGAGACAAAGUCAGGCACCGCCAAACAUAAACCAUUGCCGAAGCCCGCCGAGCACGAUCCUUUGUCCGAGGCGACGCCGCCCAGGAGUCCAGGAGGAGGCGUGUCGCCAUUACUACCUGAGGGAGGUGCAGGCGUCCGAAGAAGCUCUUCCCGCGCGGCCUCCCAUAACCUCGCCCUAGAUCCCAACAAGCCGCUGCACAUCACGCUCCCGACGUUUCGGAUGGUGAUUCUGGCGGACGAGCUCCUAGAACAGUUUUUCGAAACCUUUUUCCCUCGAUCGUUCCAUCUGAGCGACUCGCCAAAUGCCAGCACAGUGUCGUUGCCGUCGAGCACGCUUUCCGGCAACCUCACGACAUUCACCAAUCUCGGCACACCCGUCAAAAACCUGAUUAACGGCGGCGGCAGUUCGAACAAGACGGACAUCGACGUCGGCCGCGCCGGCGGGGUCGUCGAGCCCGGAUCACGUGGCCUUCGCGGCGUCUUGGACAAUAUUGUCAACGACGGCAUGCGCAUGGCGGCCGAGAUGCGCAAGCGGAUGGAAGAGACCCAGCGAGAGUUUGAACGCAACGCCCGCGAGCAAGGUCACGCCGCCAACAGACCGUACAGGGAUGAUGACGAAGAAGAUGACGAUGACGACGAUGCCGAUGGUGGCAAGGACACCGAACUCGGCAAGAAAGAUCAGGAGCUUCUGGAAGGCGCCGAAGUCGCUAGUAUUAGGACCGAGGGGACUACUCGUAGUCGCGCCGAGAGUUCGGCCAGUGCUGGUCUUGGGUCGGUGGUUGCUGUUGACGUGGACCUUAUUGAUGUUGGUGGUGAUCAAAGUGCUGGGUCUGCCACUGGCAGUGGCAGUGGCACCGGCACUGGCACAAGGAGUGCUGCAACAGGAACCACAGACUCGUAAGACUUUUGCAUGAGCCCUGUCCGUGCCUACCUAGGUACCUAUAUAGUACUAUGGACCAUGUCCCAUGUACAGUACGGUAGUUACCUUGGUUAUUCUGGAUAUCGACAACCUGUCCAACUAGUAUAGUGUAGGUACUGUGUUCGAGGGAGAUUUUUGAUAAGAGUGGAUUUAUGUAGGAUCAAGUACCUGAGUACUGAAGGUCCAGGUAAACUUGAACUGUGAUGAGGAUCUGUAACAUGAAGACUUCAAGGUUGGAAAGAUACUACUUCACUUCACCUUCUCCAAUCUCUCUAUCAGCAUCUAUAUUAAGUUAAAUAACACCAG